AUGACGCGCACCGAGGAGUUGAAAAUUGAACCUCAAGCCGUCACGCCACCACUAGACACUUCGUCUUGGCCACUGUUACUCAAAAAUUAUGAUAAGCUUAUGGUACGAACUGGGCACUACACGCCGAUCCCCUGUGGGAGCUCGCCAAUAACAAGGCCCUUAGCAGAGUACCUGCGAUACGGCGUGAUAAACUUGGACAAACCUGCAAAUCCAUCGUCUCACGAAGUAGUGGCAUGGUUGAAGCGAAUUUUACGAGUUGAGAAGACGGGUCAUAGUGGUACUCUUGAUCCAAAAGUAACUGGUUCUCUUAUUGUCUGCAUCGAUCGAGCCACUCGUCUCGUGAAGUCUCAGCAAGGAGCGGGUAAAGAAUACGUAUGCGUUUGCCGACUUCACGCGACACCUGCUGGAGGUAAAGGUGCUGUGGAACGUGGCAUUGAAACCCUCACCGGCGCACUUUUCCAGCGUCCACCUCUAAUUUCUGCAGUGAAGCGGCAGUUACGCAUUCGAGCUAUAUAUAAAAGCAAGCUUCUUGAGUUCGAUGAAGCACGGAACCUCGUAGUUUUCUGGGUUUCGUGCGAAGCAGGAACAUACAUUCGUACUUUAUGUGUUCACCUUGGCUUGCUUUUGGGAGUUGGUGGACAUAUGCAGGAACUUCGAAGAGUUCGUUCCGGGAUCUGUUCCGAGGCUAAGAACCUCUCGACGAUGCACGACGUUCUGGAUGCUAUGUGGGCAUCCGACAACUUGAAGGAUGAUGGGUACAUUCGACGUGUUGUGAUGCCUCUUGAAGUUUUACUUACAAACUACAAACGCAUAGUGAUCAAAGAUUCUGCUGUCAAUGCCAUCUGCUACGGUGCCAAGCUCAUGCUCCCUGGUUUGCUAAGAUAUGAAGCUGGAAUUGAAGUUGGUAAUGAGUGUAUUUUGAUGACCACGAAAGGCGAAGCAAUCGCGAUCGGUAUCGCUGAGAUGACGACUGCGGUCAUGGCGACAUGUGAUCAUGGAAGCGUUGCGAAAGUGAAACGCGUGGUUAUGGAAAGAGACACGUAUCCAAGACGCUGGGGACUUGGGCCAAAUUCACAGAGUAAAAGACUCUCAGCCGAAGGUACCGGGAUCAAGUCGAGCGUGUCACCUUCUGAAGUUCCCAAGAAAUCGGAUAAGUCCGCACCGAUGAAGGAUAGAAAAGAAAAGAAGGAGAAGAAGGAGAAAAAGAGAAAACUGGAUCAGUAG